ACCUGGUUCCCCUGGCCGGGCAGCCUGGGAGGGACACAGGCGGGACCGGGGGAGGGACAGCCACCGGCCAUCGGUGUGGAGCGGAACCGGGUCAGAGAGCCCAGGGCGGCCUGGGACACCCUGAGGUGACAUGCCAGGCCCCUCGGUCCCCUGACUUGGGACCAGGGGGCGUUUCCCGGACUCCUGGACUAAGAGCUGGAAGCAGCUGGGGAAACUCCAGGCUACCUGCACAUCCUGGCCCAGGCUGGGAAGGGUGUCGGCCCCUCCUCCUCUGUGCCCCCUCCUCCCAGAAGUCCACCAUGGAGAGCAAGGAUGAGGUCAGCGACACCGACAGCGGCAUCAUCCUGCAGUCCGGCCCCGACAGCCCGGUGGCCCCCGUGAAGGAGCUGACCCACGCGGUGCGCAAGCAGCAGAGGGCCCUGGAGGAGCGGCUGGAGGCCUGCCUGCAGGAGCUGAGGCGGCUCUGCCUGCGGGAAGCGGAGCUGACGGGCAUCUUGCCCGCAGAGUACCCCUUCAGACCGGGGGAGAAGGCCCCCAAAGUCCGCCGCAGGAUCGGAGCCGCUUACAAGCUGGACGAGUGGGCCUUGCACAGAGAGGACCCACUGAGCAGCCUGGAGCGGGAGCUGGCCCUGCAGCUGCAGAUCGCCGAGGCGGCGCGGCGCCUGUGCCGGGAGGGGAACCUGGGCCGCCAGGCGCGCCGGCAGCGGAAGCACGCGGUGCAGCAGGAGGAGACGAAGCUGCGGGAGCUGCAGCGCUGCCUGGGGGAGUGGCAGCGAGGCAGCGGGGCCCCUCCCGCCCUGGCCCCAGGCCCAGAGCUCGGCGCCUCAGAUGACAGCUCCCUGUUGGACGGGCUGCUCCGUGAGGAAGAGGCAUCUCAAGUGCCAAAACCUCCCCCAGAGUCCCCAGAUGCGCCUUCCCGGCCUCUCCCGCCCCAAAGCCUCGAGGGGCUGCAGCCAGCAGGCCUUGACACGGGGGGCCUGGAGAGGGCCCCCAUCCAGAACAGCCCCUGGAAGGAGACAAGCCUGGACCACCCCUACGAGAAGCCCAGGAAGUCUUCCGAGCCCGGAAGCGAGUCCAGCAGCCCGGCCAGCACCCCGCAGGAUGGGCCCAGCGCCUCCAGCCCUGCCUCCUGCUACGUGGUCGCCGUCCGCAACGUUCCUGGGCAGCGGCAGGGCCGCACCAGUGCCCCGGCCACCCCUGAGAUGCAGGGCAGGAGGGGCCAGUCACAGCCCCUGAGGACCGACCCCUUACGCGCGGACCCCGACGGCAGGGGUCGCAGCGCCCUCCCGCGGCGCCGCCCCACUUACUACACGGUGACUGCACCCGCGCCCGUGCCGUGCCCCGCCUGCCACUCGUGCUCCGAGGACAGCGGCUCCGACGCCUCCAGCCUGUCGCACCCGACGCCGCCCGGCAGCAGCAGCCCCGACAUCUCCUUCCUGCGGCCCCUGUCCCCGCCCGCGCCGCCCCGCCCGCGCGUGCCCCGCGGCCCCCGACUCCGGCCGCCCCCCGCCCCCGCCUGCCUGAGGGCCGCGCGCUACCUGGUGCUGGCCGAGGGCCGCCCGCCGCCCGGCCAGUGGGGCGAGUGGGGCCCGGGCCGCGGCGAGGACGCGGCCGCCCCGCGCUGGCAGCGCCCACUGCCCGCCCACGGCCGCGUGGCCCGGACGCCCUCGCUGCGCGACAGCCCCGCGGGCCGCGGGCUCAGCAAGGCGGCCGUGUCUGAGGAGCUCAAGUCGUGGCACGAGCGGGCACGGCUCCGGAGCUCGCGCCCCCACUCGCUGGACCGCCAGGGGGCUUUCCGCGUGCGCAGCCUGCCGCCUGGCGCCGAGAGCUUCGCGCGCACGCAGGUGCCCACCGUGUGUGUGCUCCGGAGAUCGCCUGAGGGGGCCCCCGUGCAAGUGUUUGUACCUGAGAAUGGAGAGAUCAUCAGCCAGGUGUGACCCUGGGCUCCGGACACCGCGGCUGGCUGGCCGAAGAGACUGCUUCCCAGCGGGGCUGGGGCUGAGACCGCCCACCCUUGAAGCCCUCUUCGGCUCCCCUCCCCCAUCGCAGGUCGAUGACCUGGAGCUGAGACUUUUUUUUUUUUUUUUACCAGUUUUUGUUCAGAAGCUCUGGCCUAAGGAUUUAUAUUUGUGGUUUGUCCCCAAGAUCCCUGUAAUAUGACAAUGCUUUAUUCCCCAGAGACAGGCCUACCGGACUCGAGGCCUUGCCUCUGACUAACAGCAUCUGUCUCCGUGUGCAAGACGUGUGGUAGGGGACGCAUCCCCAGAGAACAGCCCCUGGCCCUCCUGCCCCACUGCUGCUGGGGGCUGCACCUCCAUCCCCCAUUUCCCAGCUCUCAGGCUGUAGGGGUGCCUGGCCUGGGGGCGAGUCCUCCCCUCUAUAAUGUGCUCUGUGAUGCACGCACCGAGAGCUAGGUUAAAGGUCAGUGUGUCCUGGCAGAGUCUUGUCUUCCUGGGCCCUGCUCUUUUCCUGACCCCGUGACUUCCUUGUAGGGACCCCUGUCACUCUGUGCGCCCUUGUCCUGAGGCUCCCAGCAUCGACCCAGACCCAGGAGCCUUGGGUUGGAGGCCUCUCCAGACUGGAGCAUCAGGAGGCCCUGGCCGGGAGCUGAUCACCUUCUCUGGGCCUCUUGAGGACUUGCAGGCCACCACCCCGCUUCCUCUGAUGUCUUUUCGUCAUCAUCCUAAAAGCCAGUACUUUACACGUGCUUUUGGAAGGGCGCCCCCUGUGGCGUGUUCCCAGGGCCAGGGGUGUCAUUGCUCCUUCUCCCCACUCAGCUGUGCUUCUGCCCUGAGACCGGAUUUCCUUGAAGGAGGGCAAGUCCUUGAUUUUACAGACGUGGGGACACCCGCCUUGCAGGAUGUUAAUGAAUCAUCCUAGUGCUGAGACCUGAGGCCUGGAAACUGGCCAUGCUAAGACCGUCCGUGGUCCCGGGCUCUCAUCCUUGGGCCUUUGCUGCCGGGUCAGAUCCCAAAAUAGGGAUCCUGCUCCCAGGAGAGAGCCGCUGAGCUGAGGCCGGGAGGGCUGGACGCACCAAGCGCUGAUCUUCCCACAUGGCGCCCUCUGUCUGUAGGACGGGGGCUACACAGACAGCUCGAGGCUCUAAGAACUUUGAGGCCUGACCCGGACAAGGCACAGUUCUCCCACUGCCCGGGGCGGGGGGGCCCGGCCGAGGGGUCGGGAGCAAGGAGGGGCCUGAGGGGAAGCCUGCAUCUCUGUGCUCCUCCCGGCCCGCAGCAUCCUGGCUCUGGGUCCACCUGCCCCAUCGUGUUGACUUUGGACGCUGUUCCGUUGCGGUUGGUGUCUGAGCCCGUUGCCCUCGUGCACAGCCUCUGCCCCCUGCCCACCCGGGUCCUCCCGGAGCGCAGGGCUCCUCGGGCUAGUGCCCUCCACGCCUGCAAGUCCUUCGCAUUAAUUUACCAGUCCUGUGUGAUGCCUGGUGCACCUGAGAAGUGGCUGUGUCCUCGGCUGCGGGGCCGGAGCGGUGGGGUUUCCGUGCAAGAUACUCCAAUAAAGUCUGUCUUUGUGAGGCCGAGCUGCCUGCCCUGGCUGCCGCCCCCAGUGUGCAGAUGGAUUCACCUCCCAACAAGCGAAAACUAAACAAGGUCACCUUUUCACCGUUGGCUGGC